AUGAUACUUGCUGUUUGUUGUGGUGAGGAAAGCAGCAGUGUGCUGGUCUUUGACGUGGCCAACGGUCGCCAACUAUGUUCGCAAAAGGUACAUGAUGAGGACACCUACUCGGCAGCUGCCUUCUUCUCUGACAGUCGGAAGUUGGCCUUUGGUGGGAUGAAGGGUACCUUUUAUGUGAUGGACACUGAGGAUCAAGGUCGUAUUCUAACUAUAGUGGAGGGUUAUCGCGUACAAAGCAUGGCCGCUAUCAUUCAACCACCGCUUCCGGCUUUGGUAUCACCUCAAAAUGGCACUGACGGGUCUACCUUCAGACGUGUAUGCUCAUCGACGUUUGCGCGACAAGCGUCUGGCUCAAGUCCAGACUCAGGCAUGCCCUGCGACCCGAGUCCGCCUGGAGCACCUCAGAUUGGCUCAAUGAACGCUAUAACUCGUUCUCAUCAGACUUAUCAAAGUAAUCACCAGCACUGUCUCCAUCAGGGAUCUGGGGCUUUUCGUCGAGCUCAUCCACAGCCGGGCACACCGUAUGAGAAUGGCGAAUCAGAUUUAGCUGAUGAGAAUGAUGAUCACGGAGUAGCGGUUUCCGGCUUUAUGCCCUUUAUUUCUCCUGUUCCAAGUCCUGCUGACCAGCUGCUUGUUGCAGAUAGCCUGCACAGAGUUCGUCUCUUCGUUUUCGGCAGCACAAAUGCUUCAACCGGUGGCACUACUUCCAGUGGAGUAGCCGUCAAUACACCUGUUGGUAGCUCUAGCGGUGGCAGUGGGACAACUACGGAGACUACUGGCACAGGCAAGAUUAUUCUCUGUUCUAUUCUUCUAUCCGAUAAUGCCCCUCUUAGAUGA